UUGUUCAGACACAAUUGAGGAGUGUCAUAAAGACUCUAUGACACUGUUGAAAAGACUGUCAGAGGGGGGACAUAAAGUGUCUCAAGCCAAAAUGCAGUACUGCCAAACACAAGUGGAGUAUUUGGGAAGAUUAAUCUCACAUGGAGCCAUAGCAGUGACCCCUUCUCAGUUGGAGGGAGUCAGUAAGGCUCCACGACCCCGAACAGUUGGUCAAAUGAUGACGUUUUUGGGAAUGACAGGCUUUAAUUCAGAAUGGAUUGAAGAUUAUGCCAUUAAAACAGCUCCGCUUCGUGAACUGAUGAAGUCAACAGGGACACAAGCCUUGUCAACCCCCUUACAGUGGACCAGAGAGGCCACGAUAGCUUUUGAAACUAUCAAACAGGAAAUGCAAACAGCGCCUGCAUUAGCAACGCCAAAUUAUGAGAAACCUUUUUUGCUAUAUGUGUCAAAUCGCUGUGACAUGUAUGCGACAGCCGUGUUGAUGCAGGAGACGUGCAGUGGGAGGAGGAAGCAACCCAUUGCUUACUAUAGCUCAAAGCUUGACAGUGUAGUACAGGGAUGGCCUCCAUGUUAUCAGGGUUUGGCAGCAGUGUACUAUGCUUACGAGAAAGCCUCAUCAAUAACGAUGGGGUAUCCAGUGACCAUUUACACUCAUCACAAAGUAACAGAGUUGGUGGAUCAGGGAAGGUUUGUGGUGAAUCAGUCAAGAUGUUUGCAGUUUGCAGCAUUGUUAACGCAUCCUGAUGUGACAAUCAAGCGUUGUACUACAGUGAACCCAGCAGAUGUUGUUCCAUUUGAAUUUGAGGGGGAGCCUCAUGAAUGCGUGGCUGAGUCUAUGAAAUAUUCCAGGUUGAGGCCUGAUCUUGAGUCCGUCCCGCUAGUAAAUGCUGACGUCACGUACUUUGUGGAUGGCUCAUGUUACAGAGAUCAUCUGGGAAAUCAUGCAGGCUAUGCUGUAGUAGAACCGAGAGAAGAUGCCUUUGCAACAGUUAAGGCGGAACACUGUGUGCAGCCAUGUUCAGCUCAGCUAGCAGAACUAAAGGCUUUGACAGCAGCUAGUGAACUAGCGAAAGGUAAAGUUGCCAACGUGUUCACAGACAGUUCUUAUGCGCAUGGGGUAUGUCAUCUUUUUGGAGCCGUGUGGAAACAGAGAGGAUUUCGAAGAACAGAUGGAACACCAAUUCAGCAUGAACAACAAAUAAUCGCUUUAAUCAGAGCUAUGAUGCAGCCUUCA